CUUUGUGAGCCCCAUUCAGUUAGCGAUCUUCUUCUGUAAUCGACCUCUCGAUAAACCGAGUCGAACAGAAUCCCCGCAAAUCCUUUGCAUCCGAAUUCACAUCUCUUUGUAUCAGUAUCCUUCGAACCCGCGUUGCAUUAUGGCCGAUGUGGAUACUGAGCUUUUGGAUUACGAGGAAGAGGAGCAAACCGAGACGCCGAAUGAGGCCUCGGCGGCUAAUGGGGCCAAUGGGACGGCCGUGGCCAAGAAGGACGCGCCCAAGGGCAAUUACGUGUCUAUUCAUUCCUCGGGGUUCCGGGAUUUCCUCUUGAAGCCCGAAAUUCUGCGCGCCAUCGUGGAUUGCGGUUUCGAGCAUCCUUCUGAAGUUCAACACGAAUGUAUCCCUCAGGCCGUUCUGGGCAUGGAUAUUUUGUGCCAGGCCAAGUCUGGUAUGGGUAAAACCGCAGUGUUUGUGCUGGCUACGCUUCAGCAGAUCGAGCCCGUGGACGGACAAGUGUGCGUGUUGGUCAUGUGCCAUACUCGGGAAUUGGCUUUCCAGAUUAGCAAGGAGUACGAGCGAUUCUCCAAGUACAUGACGGGAGUCAAGUGUGCCGUGUUUUUUGGUGGUCUCGCCAUCACCAAGGAUGAGCAAGUGCUCAAAUCGAACUGCCCGCAUAUCGUGGUGGGUACACCUGGUCGAAUUUUGGCUCUGGUUCGCAGCAAGAAACUCAGCUUGAAGCAUCUCAAGCAUUUCAUCUUGGAUGAGUGCGAUAAGAUGUUGGAGCAGCUGGAUAUGCGGCGCGACGUCCAGGAAAUUUUCCGGGCCACACCUCACGAGAAACAGGUCAUGAUGUUCUCCGCUACCCUUUCGAAGGAAAUCAGACCUGUGUGCAAGAAAUUCAUGCAAGACCCCAUGGAAAUGUACGUGGAUGACGAGGCUAAGCUCACCUUGCACGGUCUUCAACAGCAUUACGUAAAGCUAAAGGAUUCCGAGAAGAACCGAAAGUUGUUUGAAUUGCUCGAUGUCUUGGAGUUCAACCAAGUGGUCAUCUUCGUUAAGUCUGUACAAAGAUGUGUGGCCUUAGCUCAACUUUUGAUUGAGCAGAACUUCCCCGCCAUUGCAAUUCACCGUGGAAUGAGUCAAGAGGAGAGACUGUCCAGAUAUCAACAAUUCAAAGAUUUCCAAAAGCGAAUUUUGGUCGCCACCAACUUAUUCGGCCGAGGCAUGGACAUUGAGCGUGUCAACAUCGUGUUCAAUUACGACAUGCCCGAAGAUACAGACACGUACCUACAUCGUGUGGCCCGGGCUGGCCGGUUUGGUACCAAGGGUUUGGCCAUCACGUUCGUAUCGGAUGAGAGCGAUGCCAAAGUAUUAAACGCUGUACAAGAUCGCUUUGAAGUGGACAUUACUGAACUGCCCGAGGAAAUUGAUCUCUCUUCUUACAUAGAGGGGCGCUGAUGUUCUCUUUUUGAUCAAAUUACUCAUACUACAAUACAUUGGGUAUCAACAGUAAUUGCAAAGAAGUUUAAGAUAUCAUGUGAGAUGUGUGAAAGAAAAAUAAAGCACGGUAGCCAAUAUGGAUGACCUAACAAGAAGAUUCGUGA